UUUCCGGUUCCCAUUAGCAGAAUGGUAGAGGACUUUCGAGAUGGCUCACAACGUGAAUUUAAUAAAGAAUAAUAUAAUUCGAGUUUCGAAAGUUAGGUAUAUGUCAAGCAGCACUCAGAUAAACGAGAAAAAUAUUGAGGAAAAUGCAUUUGAACGCAGAGCUUUGGAACAGCAAAACCUUCCAUCAGAAGAUCGUCGAUGCCAGACAGGACAUGGUUUACCAUCAAGUUCGUGGCUUUUCCAUCAACCACAUAGACGGCAUUCUCUUACAGAGGAGUACCUUCUAACUGGAAAAUCUUUUCAUUAUCAUGCCUGUCUAGCUCACCAAAGACAUCAUGUUUGCAAAUCUUGCCUUACCAUCAGAAAGCACUGCUGCCAUUGACAUGCUCUUGCUGGAGACAGCCAGAUGCUGCCGGUCUUCUGGAGCAUUCUACCUCAAACACUACUUUGAGUGACACUGCAAGAUCUAUAACUUACAAUAUAAAUGACAGUGUAUAUACCUCUGCAGAAGGGAGUUGCAGGCAGAGUGGUGGCACCUGUGAUGAUAAUCUUGGGAUUAUGGUGCCACCUCUAGUGAAGCCAAAAAGGGGAAGACAUGACACUGAUAAAUGUUCAAGGGUUGAAAUGCUUAGGCAAAACUUUAUGGGUGAUAUAGCACUUGAAAUGUUGAUGGAAGAUGGUACUGAUGUUUCAAAUAUGAUUAGAGAUAAAAAUAGCAAACAUGGUGUUGGUGAUGAAUCAUCACUGAGCUUGGACACCUAUCUUUCCCAAGGAGUUUCUGUGGAGUUUACCUGUCGAGGUGCAGAUGCUAUGCUACUUUGCACCUCAGGAGAUAACAGACAUACAGAACAGCAUAAUAAAGGAAAAGGACCUAACCUGGAUCAGCUUCGCCGGUUGGAGCAGUAUAUACUGGACAUGCUUCCAAACUUCUUUAAAUCUCGCAUGGAGUACCGCAUCUACCAACCUGACAUAAUUUUGGAGAACAACUUUUGGGGGAAAAAUGAAGUUUUCACGGGAGUCAAUCAGUAUGCUAUGCAGAUGAUCAAAUGUCGUGCCAUGAUGCACCUGAAGUAUGCACAUGUCCACCUGGAGGUGGUCUCAUCUGCAUGUCUAGAGAAUGAGGGAAUAAUUCGUGUCCAGUGGCGCAUCGUGGGUCUGUCCCAGCUCAAGGCAUUACGCUUUUGGAAGUACUCAGUAUGGAAUUACAGUAAUUCCUUUAAAGAGGAUGCAGAAUGGCUGGAAGGUAUUUCCAUUCUUCAUGUGAACAAAGAUGGUUUGGUGACAAAGCAUCGUAUAGAUCGCAUGUCACCUGAUGAGGAGCAGGUCCAGAAGUCUCCAGCGCUGGCUGCAAAGCUAGCAGUCAUUUUAGGAUUGGCUGUGCCCAAACCUAGCCUUUCUGACUUUAGCUCCAUUUUUUGAACAUAGAACAUAGCAUAACUUAAUGGUUUAAAAAUGUUGCUUUCAUUAGAGUGAUUUUGUUGGCAACGUGUGAUAACAGAGAAGAUUGUCUGCUCAUCCAGUUUCUCUCUUAUCAGAUUUAUACUGCAUAAGUUUGCUUUUAUUUUAGCAAGUUUUGCUUUAAAUGUUCAUUUGCUGUUGACAGAUGAGAAAAUGAAAUGGGAUGUUUUACUUGAAAGGAUUUUUCGGUCACCAUCUAAAUGUUUGAGAUCUUGUCCUUUGAAACAAGGGAGCAAAAGUACUUGUAUUUUUUUUUUAAGCAGCAGCAACAGUAUACUCAACAAUGCUUUACAGGGCUUGGCAUCAAAAAGUGGUGCAAGGUUAUAGGGUUUGCUUCAACAGAUGAUGUACAAAAAUCCAUUCACGGUAGCUGUUGGUCUAGAAGCAAAUGUAUUCUGUCAUCUAAUAUUAUUUAAGAUUCAACAUGCCAAGAUAAAGCCCACUAACAAGUAACUGCUGGAAGAAAGAAACAAGCUUUUUGCGCUGUUUGCCACCAUGUUGGCUAAAUAUACUUCUUAGAGAAAGCUUGUGACAAAACCUUUACAAAAAAAAAUAUAUAUAUAAAAUGAAAGUGUUAAGAUCAGACUGUUCCUAACUUUCUCAAUAGAGUUUACUUUGAUACUUUUUUUUUUUUUAAUGUUUUACUGUUUUAAGUCCAUAGAUAGAGGUUUGUGUAAAGAUUUUCAUCAUGUAUAAACGUAUUUGAAACAACAGCUUUUGAAAUUUAGAUAAAAAUUGGCAUUGAUGGCUGAAAAUGUUCUAAAAAGACAUUUAAGACCUGUUAGAUUUAAAAAAAAAUUGUGUAACAAAUGUAUUUCAUGCUGAGUAGGUUAGUUUUAAAACCUUUAGGCUCUUUUUACCAAGUAGUUGUAAUUUCACCUUUGCUGAAAGUCUUUCUACAAUAAACUGGCUACUUGAACUAACAUCAUAAUCUUAAAUGAAAGGGUGAUACAAUAUACUAUAUAAACAAAAACCUGAUAAUUCUUGUUGCUUGACAAAUGGUUUACACAAGUAUGUGUGUGCUAGCUGUGAGUGUAGAGGCUCACAGGUGUUGGCGCCAAUUGUGAAAAAAUGCUAGCCUUUCUGUCUGAACCAGUGAAUAUAGCAAUCCCAAUAUAUUUUUGCUAUCAAGGAUGCUGGAUGUUAAUGUUACCACCCACUCCUGCCACCAGCAAGAACUUGCUGGUAAUGAAAAGUAGAACUCGAAGCAUGCUUGUCUUUAUGCUCUGCUAAGGAAUUAAGUCUACUAGCAUCAGGAGAAUUAAUUUUUAAUACCCAUGGUUGACUUUCUUGAUUUUCUUUUUUGAAAGACAGCUGAAAGACACCUUUUUGAACUAAAAUGCAUUGACUUGUAGAGCUUAAAAUUUCAAUAACAAAAAUAAAACGAAUGAAAUAGUUUCUCUGAAGCAUCUGUAGAACUUGCUUUAAAGGUUGAAACGAACAAUAUAAAAAUUAGUGUGGGUUGAGAAGUAAGACUGUUAUGUCAAGUUAUACUUUUAAGGGCUAAUGAGAGCUUUUUGAAUAGGAGUGGGGGUUGUGUUUUCUUUAGUUUGAAGACCUAGAUGCAACCAUGUUUUUGUUUGCAUAUGUAUGAAUGGAUCAACACCAGGAUGUUUUAUUUCAUAGGUUAAUGGCAAUAUCCCAUGUUAGCAGAAGGAUGAAACUGAUGAAUGAAUUAGUGCACUGAGUAUCUGACAAAUGCAGCAAAGUAUAGGUACCCGGCAGAGCUUGGUAAGAAAAUGCCUUUGCAGCCUGUAUAGUUCAGUUGCAUGUACAUGUUAUUGAUUUUGUAUUAUUGAGUGGAAAAAAAGGGAGAAUCAUGUGAAAUAUAGGCAUACAAUACAUA